AUGAAUUUAGCCAGAAUCCAUACUGGUGUUCUCCUCUUCGUCCUCUUCACAGCACCAUCCACCGGGGAGAUCACUUCUGUGAAGAUCCGAUCCGAUAACCGACGCUUUAUCUUCUUCGAGAAUUUCGGCUUUACAGAAACCGGUCAUGUCUCCAUUGCCAUCUCCUCUGUGUCUGUUACCUCAGUGCCGGUCACCUCCAACUUAUCACGACCUGACCCUUCACGUAUUGGUUUCUACCUUUUCUCUAAUGUUGUAAGAGAGUAUAUGAAUUACGAACAUAUUCCAUGCGACCUGGAUUCCAAAUACAUCUCACUACUCUUUACUUUCCAAGAUCUGUCCCCUCCUCCUCAGUCUUCCUUCAACAAAUCCCACUCUGUGACUUUUCCCAGUGAUUACUCGCUCUACUUCACCAAUUGCAACACUUUAUCCUACGUGACGAUGGACGUCAGGACAGAGUUCUACAACACUGAUAAUGCCAACACCAAAGACUAUCUAUCAGCCGAGCUAACACAGCUUCCGUCUCUUUACUCUAAUUUCUCCCUCGUUUAUCUCACUUUUCUAGGGUUUUGGAUCUUGGUAUGCUUCAAGAACAAGCUAUCUGUCAACAGGUUUCAUUUACUAAUGGGUGUGUUGCUUGUUAUGAAGUCGCUUAGCUUGUUCUGUGCUGCAAAAAUUCAGUAUCAUAUGAAGGUUACAGGUAAUCCUCAUCAUGGCUGGAAUGUCAUGUUUCACAUAUUUCAGCUCAUCAAAGCUGUGCUUUUGUACAUUGUGAUGGUGGUGAUCAGUGAUGGCUGGUUAUUGUUAAAGCCGUUUGUGCAAGAAAAGAAAAUUAACAACAAGGUUCUAAUGGUAGUGAUUCCAAUUCAGAUUUUGGCUACUGUGGCUUCUAUAGUAAUAGGGGAAAGCGGCCCUUUUAUUAAAGGCUGGAUGACUUGGAACGGUGUCGUAUUGGUGAUAGAGGCCGCCUGUUGCUAUGUUAUAAUGCUCCCCACAGAGGUGAUUUGUUCGUUUUGUGUUCUAUAUGGUGAUGUUUUGCAUGUUCAGGCCAUUUGGGAAAAACAAAUACUUUCAACUUAA